CAAAGAAGCAGUCGGGAACCGGACCAGCAUUUCCUCUGUUACGUUAAUUUUAUCAGCAGCCAUUUCAGAAGCCGGAUUCCUCUUCCACUCAGCCUUACCUGCUCCACUUCAAUUCUUCACUUGUCAGCUCUUGCUGAAUCCAUCUAAAAACUGAAACAUAACAAAGAUAUGACCACUAGGAACUUCGAGGCAAUGAGAGUCACGUUCUCAUUGCUUGCGAGCUCACGACGUCGACAAUGAAAAUCGCUUCUCUGUUUCUCCGUUCAGUGAUUCAAUUCUUUCCGAGGAAGUCAUGGUACUAUUUUUUCCACUCAUCCAGAGACACAGAAAUUGCCAUAUUCAAUGAAGUGCUGGCCAUCCGUGAUACUAUCAACCCCAUGGAACCCGCCUUGGAGCCCCUUGUACCAUUCUUAUCACCUGCGGUCAUCUCCUCUAUCAUUCAGGAACGGGGAGAUCUGCUACUGGAUUUCCGGUUUUUCAUCUGGGCAUCAAGGAGAAAGCGUUUUCGCAGCUGGGCAUCUCACGAUUUGAUCAUUGACAUGCUUUCUAAGGAGAAGGGGUUUGAUUUGUUUUGGCUGACUCUGGAGGAGCUGAGAAAAGGACGAUUUCUCAUUGCGUCCGACGCAUUUUUGGUACUGAUUUCCGGUUACGCGAAGAUGGGUUUAGCUGAAAAAGCCGUCGAAUCAUUUGGUAAGAUGAAGGAAUUUGAUUGCAAGCCCGAUGUAUUCACUUAUAAUGCGAUUUUGCACGUCACAAUACGUAAAGAGGUGCUUUUGUUAGCUUUAGCUAUUUAUAACCAGAUGUUGAAGGGUAAUUGUGCGCCUAAUAAAGUUACAUUUAGCAUUUUAAUCGACGGAUUGUGCAAGAGUGGCAAAACGCAAGAUGCAUUGAAGAUGCUCGAUGAAAUGACAAACAGAGAAAUAUCACCAGACAGAAUUACUUACACGAUUGUUAUUUCGGGUUUAUGCCAGGCGAAAAGGGAAGAUGAUGCACUUAGGCUGUUUAGUACCAUGAAAGAUCGUGGUUUAUCACCUGAUUCUGUUUGUUACAAUGCCUUAUUGAAUGGGUUUUGCAAGUCAGGCAGGCUUGACGAAACUUUUGCGCUCUUGAGAUCCUUCGAGAAGGAUGGUUUUGUUCUUGGUGUACCUGGAUACACUAGUUUGAUUGAUGGCUUGUUUAGAGCUAGGAGAUAUGAUGAAGCAUAUGCAUGGUACAGAACCAUGUUUGAUAAGGAUGUUAAGCCUGAUGUAGUUUUAUAUUCUGUAGUGAUUCGUUGCCUUUCGGAAGCAGGCAGAGUUAAAGAAGCAUUGCUGUUGUUAAUUAUGAAAAAUGGGUUUAUACCUAGUCCGGCAGUUUAUAGAACACUUAUGACUUGGUCGUGCAGGAGAAGAAAAGUUUCAAUGGCUUUUAGUUUCUGGUUCAAAUACAUGAAGGAUGUUUGUGGGCGAGAUGAUAAAGCACUUAAAGGAAUAAUGGAAGACUUUGACAAAGGAAAAGUUGAAGAGGCAGUACGAGGCUUGCUUAAAAUGGACUUUGAGUCAAAUGAAUUUGGUCUAGCAUUUUAUACCAUUUGCCUCAUUGGAUUCUGCCAGACUGGGAAAGUAGAAGAGGCUAUGAAGAUAUUUUAUAUGCUGGAGGAAUAUAAGGCAAUUGUCACUCCUCCAAGUUGUGUGAAGUUGAUUCAUGGUCUCUGUAAAAAAGGAAAUCUGGAUCAGGCGGUGGAUAUUUUCCUUUACACACUGGAAAAUGGUUUUAAGUUGAUGCCUAGAGUUUGUAACUACUUACUUAAAUCCCUUAUUUAUUCCAAUGAUAAAAGGGAGCAUGCCUAUAAUAUUCUAAGAAGAAUGAAGUCACAGGGAUAUGAGUUGGAUUCUUGUCUCUACAAAACGACCAAAUCUCUUUUACAUGGUCAUUUGGAUACGCUGGAAAUGGAAAGUAUAUCACCUGGUUAAACUCUGAAUGCAUAGAGCACAGGAAGUGCGUACAAUAAAUUAUCGUAGCCAUACAAGGAUUUGACCGAAGAAAUGGUGCUAAAGGAGCUAAGGCCCUCUCCAGUUUCCCUUUUGUUUAUGGGGAGUUGUAAAACAAGGGGCAGGUUAGUUUUCUCUUUUCUUUUUUAUUUCUCAUCUCCUUUACCUCAUUUUUUCACUAGAUGAAGGACACUGAACAUAACUUGUUCAUGGAGGUUCUAGUAAAAAAAUAAUAGGAAGUGAGCCGUUAGCCAAGAAAAUCGCCAACUGUCAUCAAUUUUGUAGUUGUAAUUUGAUUUACUGAGUUAGUUUUUAAUAUAAUGUCAUCUUUGACUAGAACUUAAGUGAUCUAUUUAUGAUCAAGAUUAAGUUUGGGGUCAGUGGAGAUCCAACCUCUCCUGGUAAUAUAUUGUAUUCUUUAAUCUACAAAUGACACGGCCAAUUUCUGUUA